ACGAUGCUCUGUAUUCAGUAGCUUGAAUGAGUCGACAACUUCGGAGGAUCACCAUACUGCUAUCUCAUCCGCACUCAAAUCUCUCUUUCCACUGCUAUUAAACGAGCCGAACCGGGUCUGACUCCGACCCACACACAAACGGAGCCCAAGAUUCUGCAUGGAUGUUGAGAUACUGAAAAGUGAUCGAAUUUGAGAGGUGGGUUUAUCGGGGAUCGUGGUUAAGCAAAAUGGGUAUGUCGCAAACCGAUCAAAGAAUGGAGGGUUGGCUUUAUCUCGUUCGUUCGAAUCGGAUUGGGCUACAGUACUCCCGCAAACGCUACUUUGUUCUUGAAGGCCACUCUCUCAAAAGCUUCAAAUCAGUUCCCGUUUCGAACAAUGAGGAUCCUGUAAGCAGUGCUAUCAUAGACUCUUUCAUUCAAGUGACAGACAAUGGACGUGAGAGCAUUCAAAGAGAAGUAUUCUUCAUUUUCACACUGUAUAAUACGUCAAAUCACAAUGAUCAACUUAAGUUGGGAGCAAGCAGUCCAGAAGAAGCAGCAAGGUGGAUUCAUUCCUUUCAAGAGAUCGCUUUAAAGGGUGGUCCAGAUCUAAACGAUAAUAUUUUGCAUGGUUCCAAUAGCAUAUGGCAGUCCUUUAGUAUUCAUGCACGCAGAUUAGGUGGAUCUAGUAGCAGAAGUCGCAUUAAUUCUAUAGACUGGAGCCUUUGUUCUUCUACACAAACCGAUGCUGUGACAGCCGAUGUAAUUGCUCCUUCACCUUGGACAAUUUUCGGGUGUCAGAAUGGUCUACGACUAUUUAAAGAAGCAAAAGAUAGGGAUUCUCAUGGGAAGUGGGACGAUUAUCCUGCCAUAAUGGCUGUGGGUGUUGUUGAUGGAACUUCAGAAGGCAUUUUCCAGACACUUAUGUCCCUUGGUCCCUCAAGAUCAGAAUGGGACUUCUGUUUCUACAAGGGAAAUGUGGUUGAACACCUUGAUGGUCAUACGGAUAUCAUUCACAAGCAGUUAUACAGCGAUUGGUUACCAUGGGGAAUGAAGCGAAGAGAUCUAUUGUUGCGGCGUUAUUGGAGAAGGGAAGAUGAUGGGACAUAUGGUAGUAUUGAAAUGCUUCCUUUGGUGUCUUCUUUCACAGUUAUUCUCUACCAUUCUGUGUUUCCUAAGAGGUGUCCACCGCAGAAAGGCUACGUCCGUGCCUGCCUUAAAAGUGGAGGAUAUGUUAUAACCCCUUUGAACCAAGGGAAACAAUCAGUUGUGAAGCACAUGCUUGCUAUUGAUUGGAAAUUCUGGAAAUCUCAUCUACAAAGCUCUGCAGCCCGAUCUAUGACCAUCAAAAUGCUAGGGAGAGUUGCUGCACUACGGGAGUUUUUCAGAACACAAGGAAACUAUUCGUCCUCAGAAUUUUCAUUGGGAGAGCUAAGGAGAAACUUUAGUUUGCAACAGAAUGAAGGGGAAGGUGAGGCUGAUGCUCCAACAGUGAUUGGGGAUGGAAGGACGAAGGAAAAUUUUGCUGAAGAAGUAGAAAAAGCACCUUCCGAACAUUCUAGUCUUGUUAGCUUGAGUGAUGCUUCUGAUGAAUUCUUUGAUGUGCCAGAACCACCAUACAGUGAUCAAUCAGAAACUGACUGGAUUCCUGAUUUUGGCUCAGAAAUGCACUCACAGAACAUACAUCAUCCCAAGUUGUCAACUGCUGCUGGUUUUGUGAAAAGAUUGCAUGAUCUUGCAGUUCAGAAGAGGGGCUAUGUGGACCUACAAGAGAUGGCGACGGAAGACAUUACCUGCCACUAUGGGUCUACCCUUCCAAAAGAUUCAGCUUGUAAUUUGGCUUCCAGUUGGACUUCAGCAGAUCCUUCUACUUUCCUAAUUCGUGGCAAUAGUCAUCUGGAAGACCAUAAGAAGGUCAAGGCUAAGGGCACGCUGAUGCAAAUGGUAGCUGCGGACUGGCUAAAAUCUGACAAGUGUGAAGAUGAUCUUGGAGGUCGCCCAGGGAGCAUUGUUCAGAAAUAUGCGGCACAGGGUAGGGGAGAAUUCUUCUUCAUCGUGAACUUUCGGAUCCCAGGUUCAAGCUCAACUACAUAUAGCCUGGCACUAUACUAUAUGAUGAAUUCUCCAGUUGAAGAUACACCCUUGCUAGAGAGUUUUAUCAAGGGGGAUGACGCCUAUAGAAAUUCAAGGUUUAAGCUGAUACCAUACAUAUCUAAGGGUCCAUGGAUUGUGAAGCAGAGUGUGGGAAACAAAGCGUGCCUCAUCGGUCAGGCAUUUAAAAUCAAUUAUUUCCACGGGAAAAACUACUUGGAGCUUGGUAUCGACGUCGGAUCAUCCACCCUUGCCAGGGGCGUGGUUAGUCUUUGCAUUGGGUACCUAAACAAUCUGGUCAUUGAGUUGGCAUUUUUAAUACAGGCAAACACGCCAGAGGAGCUUCCGGAGUUUCUUCUUGGAGCCUGCCGCCUUAACCACCUUGAUGCCUCCAAGGCUGUUUUAGUUCAACCGUGGUAAUAUCCGUAUUGUCAUACUGUUGAAUUGAACAUAAAGCCUAGAUAAUGGAAAUUCAGGGCUGGUUCUUCUCUGCAAACUUACUGGCAGAGGUCAGCAUCCCUAGCGAUGGGCUCUAUAUGGGGCUAGAAAAGGGUGGAUAUAGCCCAUUUUAGAGCUCCAAAGAAUCUUUGAGGCUUUAUAAAAUAAUCUCUUCCAAUGAAGGGCUAUAUA